AACCUUACCUGUCCUGGAGCUAGCAACACUGUUGUAAGCAUCAGUAUCACGAAAACGACGAAAACAACGGGCUAGUGUGUAUGGAAGUGAAUUUGACCGAUUGCGCCGUAAUUAUUAUACCCGGGUAAGUGAUACACGGCUGUUUAAAAACCAUUUCAUACAGUGACAAAUUCUACGUGUGGCGUCUGACGAUGAAUGAUUGAGAAUACGGCACUUUUUGCUUGAUUUUAACUAAGGGGAACUAGUUGAGUAAGUUUGAGAACUACCAGAAUGGCAACUUUAGAGCAGCAAGCUUCUAAACUUUUGGAUUUUAACCAAAAACUGGAUAUCACCCUUCUUGACAAUAUUGUUGGGUGUUUGUAUUCUUCUGUUGGAGAUCAACAACGAAUUGCACAAGAUAUCUUAACUGCAUUGAAGGAACAUCCUGAUGCUUGGACACGAGUGGAUACAAUAUUAGAGUUUUCACAAAAUCAAGAGACAAAAUACUAUGCCUUACAAAUAUUAGAACAAGUCAUACAAACAAGAUGGAAAGUAUUACCAAGGAAUCAGUGCGAAGGCAUAAAAAAAUAUAUUGUUGGUCUUAUCAUUAAAAAUUCAUCAGACCCUGUUACAAUGGAGAAUAAUAAAGUGUAUUUAAAAAAGCUUAACUUGAUAUUAAUCCAAGUGUUGAAAAGGGAAUGGCCUCACAACUGGGAGACAUUUAUCAGUGAUAUUGUCGGAGCAUCGAAAACCAAUGAAAGUCUCUGCCAAAACAACAUGGUAAUUUUGAAACUUCUCAGUGAAGAGGUUUUUGUCUUCAGUACUGGCCAACUUACACAAACAAAGGCAAAACAUCUUAAAGAUACCAUGUGUUCUGAAUUCAGUCAGAUUUUCACACUUUGUCAAUUUGUUCUUGAGAAUUCACAAAAUGCACCACUCGUAGAUGCUACACUGCACACACUUCUGAGAUUUUUAAACUGGAUUCCUCUGGGUUAUAUAUUUGAAAUGAAGUUAAUUAGCACACUCAUAUUUAAGUUCUUAAAUGUUCCAAUGUUCCGCAACGUAACACUCAGCUGCCUAACAGAAAUAGCUGGAGUCACUGUCAGCAACUAUGAGGAGCAGUUUGUGGCUCUGCUCGUUCAGACCAUGGAACAGCUAGAGGCCAUGCUGCCUCUCACCACCAACAUACGGGAGGCCUACUCAGCUGGCAGAGACCAGGAACAAGUAUUCAUUCAGAACCUUGCCUUAUUUCUAUGUACUUAUCUGAAGGAGCAUGGGCAGCUUAUUGAAAGGAGAGGGCUCACCAACACUUUGAUGAAUGCUCUCCGUUACCUUGUGUUAAUAUCAGAAGUGGAAGAUGUUGAAAUAUUCAAAAUUUGCCUAGAAUUUUGGAAUGCUUUAGCUGCUGAUUUGUACAAGAUUGCACCUUGUUCUCAUUCAGCUGGCCUGUACAGCUUAGGAAAAACUGUCGGACGUAAGACCCUUUAUGCUGAUGUACUCAGUGGAGUGCGUUAUAUUAUGAUAUCUAGAAUGGCAAAACCAGAAGAGGUUCUGGUAGUGGAAAAUGAAAAUGGUGAGGUAGUCCGAGAAUUUAUGAAAGACACAGAUUCUAUAAAUUUGUAUAAGAAUAUGCGUGAAACAUUGGUCUACCUGACACAUUUGGAUUACCAAGAUACUGAACGUAUUAUGACUGAAAAACUUCAGAAUCAAGUUAAUGGUACAGAAUGGUCAUGGAAAAAUCUCAACACUCUGUGUUGGGCGAUAGGCUCAAUAUCAGGGGCUAUGAUGGAGGAGGAUGAGAAGCGCUUUUUGGUUGUUGUAAUUAAGGAGCUUCUAGGACUGUGUGAACAAAAAAAAGGAAAGGAUAAUAAAGCUAUCAUUGCUAGCAACAUCAUGUAUGUGGUUGGACAGUAUCCCCGCUUUCUUCGUGCCCAUUGGAAAUUCUUAAAGACAGUUGUCAAUAAACUUUUUGAGUUUAUGCAUGAGACCCAUGACGGUGUUCAAGAUAUGGCAUGUGAUACAUUCAUAAAAAUUGCAUUGAAAUGUCGUCGCCAUUUUGUUACCACUCAAGUAGGGGAAGCUUGCCCAUUCAUUGAGGAAAUCUUAAGUACUAUCAGUUCGAUAAUCUGUGAUUUGCAAACACUCCAAGUGCAUACAUUUUAUGAGGCAGUGGGGUACAUGAUCAGUGCACAAGUUGAUCAAGUUGCUCAAGAGCAACUCAUAGAAAAGUACAUGUUGCUACCUAAUCAGGUUUGGGAUGAUAUCAUCUCUCAAGCUUCACAUAAUGUGGACAUCCUUAAAGAUCCCGAAGCUGUCAAACAGCUUGUCAGUAUACUGAAGACCAACGGUCGGGCCUGUCGUGCACUAGGUCAUCCUUAUGUCGUGCAACUUGGCAGAAUUUAUCUGGACAUGCUGAAUAUUUACAAAGUAAUGUCAGAAAAUAUCACUCAAGCUAUUACACUGAACGGGGUGGUGGUAACGAAACAACCUCUUAUAAAAAAUAUGAGGAUAAUUAAGAAGGAAACUUUAAAGUUAAUUGCGAGUUGGGUAUCACGCUCAACAGAUAACAGUAUGGUGUUGGAAAACUUUAUCCCUCCUUUACUUGAAGCUGUUUUGGUUGAUUAUCAAAAGACUACAGUGCCGGAUGCAAGGGAGCCUGAAGUUUUAUCAUGUAUGGCCGCCAUCGUGUACAAACUGGGUGGGCAUAUAACUUCAGAAGUCCCGAAGAUCUUCGAUGCUGUCUUUGAAUGUACCUUGGAAAUGAUUAACAAAGACUUUGAAGAGUAUCCUGAACACAGAACAGAGUUUUUCCUGCUACUGCAGGCGGUCAACACACAUUGUUUCAAAGCAUUCCUAAGUAUACCACCAGCUCAGUUUAAGUUGGUGCUGGAUUCCAUAAUUUGGGCAUUUAAACAUACCAUGAGAAAUGUGGCUGAUACAGGACUGCAAAUACUGUACAGAUUACUGCAAAAUGUUGAACAACAUACCCAGGCAGCACAGAGCUUCUACCAGACCUACCUCUGCGACAUACUGGAGCAUGUGUUCAGUGUAGUCACAGACACCUCGCACGGAGCAGGCCUCACUAUGCAUGCUACAAUUCUAGCAUACAUAUUUUCAUUGGUAGAGACUGGACGUGUUUCUGUAGCCCUUGGUCGCACUCCUGAUAAUGUUUUAUACAUACAGGAAUAUGUAGCAAACCUUUUGAAAACUGCAUUCCCGCAUCUAACUGAUAAUCAAGUUAAGAUAACAGUUCAAGGAUUGUUCAAUUUGGACCAAGAUAUCCCUGCCUUUAAAGAUCAUCUCCGAGAUUUCCUAGUGCAGAUAAGGGAAUACACUGGUGAAGAUGACAGUGAUUUGUAUCUUGAAGAGCGGCUGUUCGCACUCCGACAAGCGCAGGAGGAAAAGAGAAGGGUCCAGUUGUCUGUACCGGGCAUUAUUAACCCCCAUGAAUUGCCUGAAGAGAUGCAAGAUUAGUUAUAGUAAGGAAGGUUAUUAUAAAUGGUAACAGUUCACUUAACAACAAUAAUAAAUAAUAAUUCAAUUGAAAAUAAAUGUCCUAAGGCAUGAUUUUUAUAUUAUACUUCAUUUUUAAAUAAACCAGAUUUCAUUACUUUAUAUUAUACUGUAUUUGUAAGGGUGUUACUGAAUCAGAAAAUGAUUUAUAUUAAGUUCAUGUUAACUAUGCAAUUUGUUUCUUAAUGGUAAUAAUUAUUUAUAUAAAAUACUAGAUAACACCUGCGAUUUCGUCCACUUGGAUUUAAGUUUAUUUAAAAUUCUGAACUCUUUGAUUUUCUGGGAUAAAAAAUACCCUAUGUUUAUUCCUCGGGAUGCAAGCGGUCUCUGAAUCAAACGUUGAAAUCAGUUAAACAAAAUGUGUGAAAUCUUUGCUGGCCUACUGACAGACAGACAUACACUUCCGCAUUUAUAAUAUGAGUAUGAAUUAAUGAAAUCAUUUGCACCAGGUACUAAAUAAUAGUAUAUUCAUUGUAUUAGGCACUUUUAGUUUUAAAUUAGCAAUUUAGCACUCAUUAAAAAUCGAUUGUCCCUCAGCAUCUAUAAGGAAUAGCGACUAAACAUUUAUUCAGUGGACUGUUAUCAAUAGGACAAAGUAAAAACUCUUGUGCUUGUUCAAAUUAUACCUUAUUAUGUCAGUAUGUACAAAGUUUCGCCUGAACAAUGGAAGAUGAUGAAUGCUAGUGACAAGGUUAUACCGAAAACCUCAAAAAGGUUUAUUUUGACAGCACAAGAUGUACCUAGGAUAUAAACUUUUUUAUUUUUAGGAAAAAAAUCAUGCAAAAAAAUCCACUUUGCUAGACUGUAAUUCCAGGAAUAAGUUUUGCUGUUGACCUAAUAACAUUUGAUGGUACAUAUUAUAAAGAAAUCUCUGUGAUUGACGAAAUGUUGAAUGUUCAACAUAGUUGCGUUAUGGAAUCUGAGUAUUACGUCACAUGAGUAGGUUCUAGGUAAAAGUUUAUAAAAAUGCAUUGCUGUUAGUAUCUUUGUAUUCUUUGUUUAAUGUUGUCGUAACUAACUUUGUAUUGAGUUGAGUCUUUCCAAAUGCGUUUUGGGUCCGAUUAACUGUCGAAUCUUUCAAUUUGUGUUUGAAAUAAACAGAUAAUAAUAAA